AUGUCUUUGACGGGAAAAUCACACUUCAAGUCGGCGAGGAGAGGUGGAGCCGACCUAGUCGAGAGUAGGAUAGAGGAGGUAGUUGAGAAGGUAGAGGAGAUUGUUAGUGAGAGUGAAGAGGUAGACGAGGACGAGUGGGUCCCUGAAGUGCUAGAAUUGAGUGAAAUUAAGAGUGAGAGUAAGAGUACUCCUAUAGAGAAACCUGCCCCUUUAGAACUCAAGGUCCUCCCGUCCCACUUAGAGUACGCUUUCUUAGGUGAGGGUUCCGAGUUUCCCAAAGACGCAAAGCCGCGUCUUAUUAGAUGGAUUCUUUUGCUCUCUGAGUUCGACAUAGAAAUUAAGGAUAAAAAGGGAGCGGAAAACGUGGCCGCCGACCACUUGUCACGAUUAGAGGAUCCAAAGAGAGAGGAGGUUCGUGAGGAUUCCAUAGGAGAUACCUUUCCCCACGAAACCAUAGACUUCGUUAGUGCCGAGGUAGAGGGUUUGCCAUGGUUCUCGGAUUUGGCAAACUAUUUAGCAACCGGAGAUCUUGUGAGGGGUAUGUCCUACCAACAAAAGAAAAAGCUUCUUAGGGAGGCUAGGAAGUACAUUUGGGACGACCCUUACCUCUUUAGGAUAGGUGGAGAUAGAGUGCUUAGGAGAUGCGUUUCAAAGGAGGAUGAGUUUGUUAGGACUUGUGACCGUUGCCAACGUACCGGCAACAUCUCAUCCAAGGAUGAAAUGCCUCAAAAUCCCAUCCAAGUCUUGGAAAUCUUUGACGUAUGGGGCAUUGACUUCAUGGGACCUUUCCCAUCCUCUAGUGGGAAUAGGUACAUCCUCGUGGCCAUUGACUACGUUUCAAAGUGGGUCGAAGCUCAAGCUUUGCCCACCAAUGAUGCCCGAGUGGUGGUGAGAUUCCUUAAGAAGCUAUUCACGCGUUUCGGAGUCCCUAAAGCUAUCAUAAGUGACCGUGGCACGCAUUUUUGCAAUUCCGCCAUGGAAAAGGCACUUGCACGCUACGGUGUCACUCAUCGUCUUUCCACCGCGUACCACCCGCAAACUAGUGGCCAAGUUGAGAAUGCUAACCGAGGGGUGAAGAGAAUCUUAGAGAAAACGGUAGGAAAAAGUAGAAAGGAUUGGUCGGAAAAGCUCGACGACGCUUUGUGGGCAUUCCGUACUGUCUAUAAGACAUCGUUAGGAACAACACCCUUUAUGAUCGUGUAUGGCAAAGCUUGCCAUCUUCCGGUAGAAUUAGAGCAUAGCGCAUUGUGGGCAUUAAAAACCGUAAACCUUGACCUUACCGAAGCUGCAAGGAGGAGAUUCUUCCAGAUUCAUGAGUUGGAAGCAUUAAGGGAUGCCGCCUAUGAAAGAUCAUGGAGUAUCAAGGAGAAAACCAAGGCAUUGCAUGAUAGGCGGUUGCGAGGUUUGAAAGAUUUUAAUCUCGAUGGAUUUUCGGGUUAUUUUCAGAUCCCCAUCGCCCCGGAGGAUCAAGAUAAAACGACAUUCACAUGCCCUUACGGCACUUAUGCGUAUCGCCGCAUGCCUUUCGGGUUAUGCAACGCUCCGGCAACUUUCCAAAGAUGCAUGGUUGCCAUAUUCCAAGACAUGCUUGAGACUUCCAUGGAGGUUUUCAUGGAUGACUUCUCAGUUUAUGGCACCAAUUUUGAACAAUGUCUUUCUAAUCUUGAUAGGAUGCUUAAGAGGUGCAUAGAGACAAAUCUUAUGUUGAAUUGGGAGAAGUGUCACUUUAUGGUGACGGAGGGGAUAGUGUUAGGACACAAGGUGUCGAGAGAGGGCAUAGAGGUGGAUAGGGCCAAGAUAGAUACCAUAAGUAGAUUGCCUCCACCUACUAGUGUUAAGUCCAUUAGGAGCUUUCUAGGUCAUGCGGGCUUUUAUAGGCGUUUUAUAAAAGAUUUUUCCAAAAUCACACGCCCGAUGACUAGGCUUUUAGAGAAGGAUGUACCUUUCGUCUUCGACGAGGAGUGCAUCAAGGCGUUCGACUUCUUGAAAGAAAAACUUGUUAGUGCCCCGAUACUUGUUUCGCCCAAUUGGAGCUUACCUUUCGAGCUCAUGUGUGACGCAAGCGAUUAUGCCGUAGGUGCGGUCCUAGGUCAAAGAGUCGAUAAACACUUUCAUCCGAUCUACUACGCGAAUGGAUUUUCGGGUUAUUUUCAGAUCCCCAUCGCCCCGGAGGAUCAAGAUAAAACGACAUUCACAUGCCCUUACGGCACUUAUGCGUAUCGCCGCAUGCCUUUCGGGUUAUGCAACGCUCCGGCAACUUUCCAAAGAUGCAUGGUUGCCAUAUUCCAAGACAUGCUUGAGACUUCCAUGGAGGUUUUCAUGGAUGACUUCUCAGUUUAUGGCACCAAUUUUGAACAAUGUCUUUCUAAUCUUGAUAGGAUGCUUAAGAGGUGCAUAGAGACAAAUCUUAUGUUGAAUUGGGAGAAGUGUCACUUUAUGGUGACGGAGGGGAUAGUGUUAGGACACAAGGUGUCGAGAGAGGGCAUAGAGGUGGAUAGGGCCAAGAUAGAUACCAUAAGUAGAUUGCCUCCACCUACUAGUGUUAAGUCCGUUAGGAGCUUUCUAGGUCAUGCGGGCUUUUAUAGGCGUUUUAUAAAAGAUUUUUCCAAAAUCACACGCCCGAUGACUAGGAUUUUAGAGAAGGAUGUACCUUUCGUCUUCGACGAGGAGUGCAUCAAGGCGUUCGACUUCUUGAAAGAAAAACUUGUUAGUGCCCCGAUACUUGUUUCGCCCAAUUGGAGCUUACCUUUCGAGCUCAUGUGUGACGCAAGCGAUUAUGCCGUAGGUGCGGUCCUAGGUCAAAGAGUCGAUAAACACUUUCAUCCGAUCUACUACGCGAGCAAAAUUCUAAACGAUGCUCAAGAGAACUAUACCACGACGGAAAAGGAACUCUUAGCCGUAGUGUUUGCGUUUGAUAAGUUUCGCUCAUAUCUCGUGCUUUCCAAAACCACCGUGUUCACCGACCAUUCCGCUUUGCGAUUUCUGUUUCAAAAGAAAGACGCAAAGCCGCGUCUUAUUAGAUGGAUUCUUUUGCUCUCUGAGUUCGACAUAGAAAUUAAGGAUAAAAAGGGAGCGGAAAACGUGGCCGCCGACCACUUGUCACGAUUAGAGGAUCCAAAGAGAGAGGAGGUUCGUGAGGAUUCCAUAGGAGAUACCUUUCCCCACGAAACCAUAGACUUCGUUAGUGCCGAGGUAGAGGGUUUGCCAUGGUUCUCGGAUUUGGCAAACUAUUUAGCAACCGGAGAUCUUGUGAGGGGUAUGUCCUACCAACAAAAGAAAAAGCUUCUUAGGGAGGCUAGGAAGUACAUUUGGGACGACCCUUACCUCUUUAGGAUAGGUGGAGAUAGAGUGCUUAGGAGAUGCGUUUCAAAGGAGGAUGGUUUAGACAUCCUUAGACAUGUGCACGAGGGUUUAAAAGGAGGCCAUCACGGGGCGAAUGUGAUGGCACAAAAGGCACUUGCACGCUACGGUGUCACUCAUCGUCUUUCCACCGCGUACCACCCGCAAACUAGUGGCCAAGUUGAGAAUGCUAACCGAGGGGUGAAGAGAAUCUUAGAGAAAACGGUAGGAAAAAGUAGAAAGGAUUGGUCGGAAAAGCUCGACGACGCUUUGUGGGCAUUCCGUACUGUCUAUAAGACAUCGUUAGGAACAACACCCUUUAUGAUCGUGUAUGGCAAAGCUUGCCAUCUUCCGGUAGAAUUAGAGCAUAGCGCAUUGUGGGCAUUAAAAACCGUAAACCUUGACCUUACCGAAGCUGCAAGGAGGAGAUUCUUCCAGAUUCAUGAGUUGGAAGCAUUAAGGGAUGCCGCCUAUGAAAGAUCAUGGAGUAUCAAGGAGAAAACCAAGGCAUUGCAUGAUAGGCGGUUGCGAGGUUUGAAAGAUUUUAAGGUAGGUGACAAAGUACUUUUGUUCAAUUCACGGUUGAAAUUGAUAGCAGGAAAAUUGAAAUCGAGAUGGAGUGGCCCGUAUGUGGUGAAAGAAGUGUUUCCAUACGGCACGGUUGAGCUAUACGAUGAGGUAGACAAAGGUGUGUGGAAGUUUUUCGGUGUUUCUUUUGUGUCGUUGAGAAUUUUGCAGGUUUCAUCACCGAUACAGAACGGAGACGGCAUGAGAAAAGAGGUCCCAGUUCAAGACUUCAUUUUUCUUGUUCAAUCCGAUUCCAAGAUCAUGUCAGGUGCAGGUUCCUCGUCAAACCCAAGGAAAAGAAAAAUUAAGUAUCGUGGGAAUGACAGGAGAGUGUAUGCCCGGAUUGAAAGGUUGGUUGAUCAUCCGAUGUUGGAUUUUGAAGAAGAUACCGAAGAAAGGGUAAAGCUCAAAAAGUAUGUGGUAACUCAGACUUUGGAGCAUCGUGUCAUAGACUGGGAAUGGUUGCAAAGUAUGGGAGCAAGUGAGCGGGUGGCAGAGUUGUUAGGACCGAGGUUGAGGAUGGCUAUGGAUGCUUGUGACGAGACGCAAUAUACCGAGCUUACUAUCGAGUUUCAUUGUACCUUCCAUCACAAAGAGGGUGCUUUUUCUGAAGCUAAUGCGGUAUCGUUUUCUUUGGGUAGAAAUCUUUAUGAGAUGACCAUACCUCAGUUUGGAGUGGCGUUGGGUUUGUACUCUCCGGAAGAAGUGGCAACGGAGGAGUUCAUUAAUGGUUUAAGGGGUGUGUUUAAUCACCCUCGGCCCAAGUGUUUGAAUUCGGUGGAUUUGGAAAGAUUUUGGGAUACAAUUGCGUCUCAACCAUUCUCGCGUACGAACCUUAUCACAUCGGUUCGUGAUCCUAUAUACAGGUAUAAUUUGAAGAUGUUGGCGACGACAGUUGUAUCGAGGAAGUCGGGGGAAAACAAGGCGAAUUGGUUGGAUAUUUUUGCAUUGAUGUGCAUGGUGGAGAAGCGGAACUGGAACUUGGCUAGUUUCUUUGCAUGGUUGUUCAAUAGGCCUCGUCGGGGAGGUAAAAGGGCUGAUAUGGAUCUAGGCUCUUACAUAGCUAGGUUGGCGAAGAAUAUCCGGGCCCUUACAAAGUACAAGACUGAGCAGAUGAAUCUGGGUAUGCCAACGGUUCGAUGGGAUGUUGUGAACCUACAGUUGGCAGGUAUUCUUACACACUCGGAUCCACCAGAGUGGAACUUCGAGGUUGGUGCUCCUCCGCCACGACAGCCGGCACCUCGACAGAGGCGUGAGAUUCCUCCACAGCAGCCAGUUAGACCACCGAGACCCGACCCGUUCACUCCUGAGGCUGCUUUUGACUACACGCAGCAGAGGGUUGAUCAGAUUGAGAGCAGGAUACGGGUUGACCACCAGUGGACCAUGCAGAGCCACCACCGACAGGACGACAUGCUUAGGUACAUGAUGUCGGGUAUGUUACUAAAUGCUCCGAUACCUCCACCCUUUGCAGGAUUACUACCUCCACCAGUUUAUGGAAGUGAGCAGCAGACCCCGUACGUUUAUGGUCAGUAUCCGGGGUAUGACCAGUGGGGAGGUCAGAGUGGUUAUGCUUAUAGUGGUCAGUUCGGGUGGCAGCAGGCUGGCGGUUCAGGGACGCAGCAGAUGGAGGAGGAUUCUGAGGAGGAGUGA